CCUCGAGCGCUUCAGAGCGACACGACCGGGAAGCUGGGCUUCGAGGAGUUCAAGUAUUUGUGGGGGAACGUCAAGAAGUGGCAGUGUAUCUACAAACAGUACGACAUGGACCGAUCCGGCACCAUCGGGAGCAGCGAGCUGCCAGGCGCCUUCGAGGCGGCGGGCUUCCGGCUGAACGAGCAGCUCUACCAGAUGAUCGUGCGCAGGUACUCGGACGAGAACGGCCACAUGGACUUCGACAACUUCAUCAGCUGCCUGGUUCGCCUGGACGCCAUGUUCCGUAAGUGGCCUGCGGGUCGGUCCUGGGGAUGGGGGGGAGGGUUCUGGGGUCCUCUGCCCCCCUCUUCCCUCCGUCCGCCCCCACCCCCUGCCUCUAGUGUGAGCUGGGCCCCUCCCAUCUGGGUUUCGCUCCGUGUUUGUAUAGCUCCUGGCACAUGACAGGGGCUCCUCGGU